AUGAUGUCAUUGGAAUCGACGCUUCAUGAUCCGGCGGCGGCGCUGCAGCCACAGCGGCCGUCCGAAUCAGACAAGCCGUUUUCUAGUACUACUAGUACUACCGCUAUCGCAACGCCAGCGUUGGCGGUGACCGCAUGGCCUCCCACCGCCGCGACACUCGCGGACGCCGCCGGCUGUUUCUUUGACCUUCAAGGGGAAGUUUACCUUCCCCCUUGCGCCCCGCCGCAGCACCAUCUGACCACAGGGUUCCGCAGCAACUCCGCAGCGGAAAGGGAGCAGAGCGGCCGGAGCGUGUGGGAUCAGGAAUGCUCGGAAGAUAUAGAAGACGUGGUGGCAGCAGCAGGAUGGGGUGGGAAGGCAGCAGCAAGAGCGGGGAGAAGCGGCAGGAGAGGAGGAGUCGAAGGUGCGCUGGCUAGGUUGAGGGAGGCGGGCGGGGAGGCGGUGGAGGAGGGCAGGUGCUGUAGUGACGAGGUCCAGAAGGAAGGACAGAACGGACGCAUAGGGGGGAAGGAGAGACAGGCGGACGGCAGCCGUGGUGCUGCUGUGUGCAUUGAGAACCUGCGAGGCAGGGUGAUGUGUGUGGAUCCGCAAGCAGGAAGGGCAGAUGAGGACGCACAAUGCGGGGAUGGAGCAGGAGGAGGAGCAGAAGGAGAAGCAGGCGCAGCAGCAGCAGAGGCAGAAGUUGCAGAAGCGGGAGUGGCAGAGGCAGAGGCAGAAGUGGCGCACUGUGCUGGCGAUGCAGGCAGCAAGAGGGUAGCGGAGACAACUGAGGAGAGGAACGGAAAGCGUGGAGCGAGAGUAGCAGCAGCAGAAACAGGAGCAGAAUCAGAAGCAGAGGCAGAAGCAGAAGCAGUGGCGAACGUAGCUGGCGAUGCAAGCAGCAAGAGGGUAGAGAAGUCAGCUGAGAAGAGUAACGGAAAGCGAGGAGAGCGUGUGGCGGCAGCUAAGCCGGCAGCCAAGCGAGCAAAGAAGCAGGCAGUUUCAGAUGGCAAACAGGCGGGCAGUGCGGGUGGGGCUGUGGUGUUAGAUGGUGCUGAUAGGGCGACGGAGCAGAGGCAGACCAGUGCCUUGGAGAGAAAUGGCACAGAUAGAAGUGGCUCAGGUGGUGCUGGUGGUGGUGCGGGUGGUUCUGAUGGUGCAGGUGGUGCUGCUGAUGGUGCGGGUGGUUCUGAUAGUGCGGGUGGUGCUGCUGAUGGUGCGGGCUGUGCGAGUAGUUACGGUCACGGUACAUGGAUUGAGGGGCAAGAGGAGGGAGCGACAUGUGAGGCCAAGGCGCCGCAAGCAGAGCGUAGGGACGAGGAGGGAGGCUGCAAGGAUGGCGGGCAGGAGGCAGAGCGUAGGGAUGAGGAGCAGCAGGCAGAGCGAAGGUUCAAGGGGCAGCAGCAGGCAGAGCAUCGGGACGAAGAACAGCAGGAAGACAGUAAGGAGGAAGUGGAAUGCCAACCGGCAGUGGAGCGCAUGCAAGAGGCGCAGCAAUGCUCAAAACAAGAUGAGCAGGGAACGCAGGCGAUUCAGUGUAAGCAGGAGAAGCAGGAGGAGCAGGGCAAGCUGGGGGCGCAGUGGGAGUGGGAGGACGAGUGGUUGGUGGGAGCGGACUGUAGCAGGAGGAGGCCGCGGUGCCGCAGCCUCAAGGAGCUCAUGCACGUCACCACCUCCACCACCACCGCUGCUACAGCCGCUGCUGCUACAGCCGCUGCUGGUGCAGGUGGCGCUGGUGGUGGUGGUGCUGCUGCUACAGCUGCGCAGAAGAGCAAGGGUGGUAAAGGGAAGGUCAAUGGCAGGUGGGGUGGGGAGAAGGGUGCAGGUGUUCCGGGCAAAGGGAAGGUUGGUUUGAAAGGGGCUCAGAAGGCCAAGGGCAGGGUACCUUGGAGUACUAGUAGGGUGUCUCUCUCGCCCUCUGUUUCCGCUUCUCCCUCUGUGGCCAGUGCUCCUAUGUCUGGUCCUGCUGUCAAUGCUUCUCAUUCCGGUGCUGCAACCAAUGCUGUAGCGUUCAAAGCGGCAUCUUCUGCUGCUGAUACUGCUGCUGUCGCGCCUGAUUCCGAUUCUCCUGAUGCUGCUGAUGCUGCUGAUGCUGCUGCAUCUGCUGCUCCCUCCGCCUCUGUUGCAAGCUUUCGGUGGGACGAUGAGACAAACGGCCAGUGCUUCCCCACUCCAAAGAAGAGGAGGCGAACAGAGGUGCAGCAGGUGGGGAAGACGAAUCCAGUCGAAAUGACUUCAAAGAAUCCUCAAAAGCAGGUCGGGAAGACGAAUCCAGCUGAAGUGGUUUCUGAAGCGGCACGUUUUGAGAUGCCUCCGAAAGUGGGAAGGACUGAUCCAGUGAAAGAGAGACAGGCGGGCUUCCGUCCGCAAGGGAAGGGAACUGGGCUGGUCGGAGAAGAAAGGAAAGCAGGCUUCAAGAAUGUUGGUGUGCCUCGGCAGGUGGGGAGAUUUGAGGUACGGAAGAGGGAGAGGGAUGGGUGGAGGGAGGGAGUUGGAAGGGAGGAGAACGGGGGAAGGGAGGAGAAAAGGCAGGCAAAUGAGGAUUCGAGCAGUGCUGGUUCUGGUGGGAGUGGUAGUGAGAGUGGACGUGGCAGUGCGAGUGGGAGUGAUAGUGAGCGUUCCAGCGAGAGUAGGAGUGAGAGUAGGAGUGAGAGCAGGAGUGAGAGUGGAAGUGAGAGCAGGAGCGAUAGUGGGAGUGAGAGCAGGAGUGAGAGUGGGAGUGAGAGCGCUAGUGACAGUGAGACAGCUGUACAGGUGCGAGAGAGGAGUGGUUCACCCCCCUUCAAGAGUACGACUGUGCUAGAUCAUUCCACCAAACCACCCAUGGUGCCAGUACCACCAGUAUCAUCAACACCAGCAGCACCACCAUUGCCGCCUGUUACCAAACCCCUCCCUGCCCCAUCCCACCGCUCCCACCGCUCCCCUUCCUGCCCCCUCCCUCGGUUCCCCUCACAUGCGCCCCCCCCUCCACCUACCUCCUCCUCCCCCCAUUGGGUUCCCUCCUCUCCCUCCCCCCCGCUCCCCAUCCGCGCCCACCCCUCCCCCUCCCUCUCUCCGCGGCCCCCCUCCCCUGCUUCUCCGCCCCAUUCCCCUCCCUCUGCCUCCCCUGCUCCCCCUGCUUCCCCCACCCCCCAUGCUGCUAUAUCUGAGGGGGAUAGGGUGAAGAUGAGGGGAGGGGAAGGGAAGAUCUGGGGGGAGGAAGCGGGGCAAAGGGGGAAGGGUAGGGGGAAGGCGAGGGGGGGAGCUGUAAGGGGAAAGCGGAGAAGCGACGGGGGGGGUGUUAGGAUCAAUGGGGAAGAUGGGUGGAGGUGGAGGGCAAAGGGUGUAACGGAGCAAGGAGCAAAGGGGCCCACCAAGGAAGAUGAGGGGAGAAGAGCAGACGGAUUUACAAGGGAAGCGGAGGGGCGACGGGAGGGGAACGUGAGUACGCAUGCCACUGCGAGGGAUGACGGCGACGGGGGAGGGGGAGCGGUAGGGGGAGGGGGAGGGGAAGCGGUAGGGGUAUUGGGAGAAGGGAUCAGAGGGGAGCAGCAGGAGCAGGGGGGGAGGAGAAACGGGGCGCAUCGACCAGCAAGGAGGCAAGCAGCCGUGGUGUUCACUGCAACGAAAUCAACAGUGGUUCUAGGGGAGGGAUUGGAUGAGGCACAGCGGCAAGCAGCCUUCACAGGGGCAAUCCAGCUACUGGGCCACCACCAGGCGAAUAGGCUGAAGCAGAAGGGGUAUGGUGGGGGGCGGGGGAGUGGGAGAGGGAAAGGGAGAGGGAGAGGGAGGGGUGGGAGGAGGGGAGGCAGAGGAGCGGGUGGGGGGAGAGCAGGGGCUGGGGAGGAGCGGGAAGCGGGAGGAGGGGGCGGGGAAACGGAGGGAGCGGAUCCUUUUGCGUAUGAGAUAGUGUGGGAGGAGGCGAGCAGUGGGGGGGCGAGUGAGGGAGGUGGGGGAGGGCAUGGUGGGGAGGUGUGGGGGAGAGGGCAGGGGGGUGCGGGGGUUGCCGGAGAUGCUCCGGGAGACGCACGGUAUGAGGUGUCACGAGUGCGAGGGGGGCAGCAGUUCACAGUAACAGACCGGCAGACGGGUGACAGGGUGGCGUUUGCGUUUGAUGCUCCUGAAGAGACGGCCGCAGCGCUGGCAAGCGUGCAUGUGCUGGUGGCGUUUAUAGAAGAGGAGGAGGAGCGGCUGCGGUGGAAGGCGCUUGGGGCGCAUUGA